AGCACCAGCACACAGGCCAGCCAUGAAGAUCCUGAUUGUCGUCGUCCUGAUUGGCCUGACAGCAGCAAGGCCUGACCCAGUCGCAAAGCCUGACCCAAAAGCUGGCUUUGGUGGCUUAGGCCUCGGUCUUGGAGGUCUUGGAGGGCUUGGAGCCCUUGGAGGAAUUGGCUACGGUCUUGGAGGGCUUGGAGGGCUUGGACAUGGGCUUGGAGGCCUUGGAGGUCUUGGCUACGGUGGAUAUGGCCUCGGAGGCCUGGGUUUUGGAGGUUACCGGCUGGGAGGCAUCGGAGUAGGCCUGGGAGGAGGCCUGUACGGCUGACAAGGAGACACACACACAAACAUGCCUGCUGAAAAUUGAUCUUCCUCUACAUUAUGUAUCAUAUUAAGAAAAUAAAGGUUUGAUCGGCAUGAGAA